AUGUUGUCUCUCGCUUCCUGUCUUUGUGGCCUCUCGCUGCUGGCGUCGACUUGUUGUGGACAGAAUGUCAACACUACCGGUAGCAGCAAUGUUACCACAGCAAAUGUUGGAAAGGUAAAUGGAUCGCUGGUGGCACUUACUGGUGCUGACGUCCUCACUGUCGGCGUUCUUGGAGACUAUGGCUGGACUGGCUGGAUUCCUUCUCCAGACCACUUUUGCCUCGAAGUCUUGCCCUUGCUAGAACAGGAUGCGUUCACCAUCCCGAAAGAGGUCUUGAACGACUGUGACCCGGGGGACAAGAUGUACAUCACGAAUGCAACUGCUCUGCAAACUGACACUGCCCAAUAUAUUGGUCAGAUAUGUGCCAUGAAGAACUGUAGCGCGUUCAUCUCUGUUGGUGACAACUUUUACGACAGCGGGAUCGAUUUCACCACAGGAGGAAUUUUACGUUUCCAGGAAGCGUGGGUGGACAUGUACAGCCAGGGUGUAUUCGAAUACGCGCCCUGGUAUCAAUGUCUCGGCAACCAUGAUGUUGUCAAGGGACAGAAUGGUGUUGACUUCCAGACCAAGGUGCUCCCCUACUAUGACGAUAGGUGGAAUUUUGGCACUUCAGGCCUGCCAUACUACACCUAUGACUUGACUGGCUCCGAUUGGACGGCUACCUUCGUGGUCGUUGACUCGGAUUGCUUCCUUUCUUCCUAUCAGAAGAAUACUUCAGUAUAUCAGAACUCAUAUACGGAGGCAUGCUAUCAGAACAAAUCAGUCCAGACUGACUUUCUUAAUCAGACAUUUGCCAGUUCGAACGCCACGUGGAAGUUCUUGCAGUUACAUCACCCUUAUAUCUCCUCGUCGACCAACCAGACUGAUCUUGCACCGCUGAUAAGCAUUGUCGAGGCACAUAAUGGGAUCGUGCUCAACGGGCAUGACCAUUGCCUGGCUCACUAUUACUACAACAACACCGACUUCAUUCUGACUGGAGCAGCUGGCUAUCCUCAAGCUGGUGAUUGCAACAAUGGGACAGCACUAGGACCUUUUGCACUCUUCCUUGCCGCAAACCCUCUGACCGCGGCAAACGGAUUCGUCACUAUGGACAUCAGCUCACAGUUCAUCAAUGUCGAGUAUUACGUCCGCGAUAUGCAGUUCGACAACGGAGAUCUGUACUCGGUUCAUUACGACCUUGCGCCUUCUUACUCGUUUCAGAUAACGAAGAAGGCGACUUAGAAUUGCGGAGGAGCUUGACCAGGAUGCAAAUAUUGUACAUAGGAAGGCUCGCUGUCGAGGAAAGAAUCCGGGCGUAGAC